CACCAAAUUUCAAACCAGGAGGCCGAUUGACCAGUCCGACUUGAGCGGCCACGCAAACCAGGAGCGCGCAACGCCGGCGGUCAAGUUUCGCACCACACCAAAGCAUUUCUUGCAUAUACAAGAAGGCCUGUACUUUUGCCUGGCAUUCUGUGGUGUUCGCCCGAGACCUUCGCACAACUCGCCUCUUAGCCAACUGCUGGCCUAGUCCUGACGAUACACCUAUUGCAACUUAAAGCCUGUGCCACUGCUACCGCGAGAUGCUCCGGUAGGAGGGAGGUGUGACAGAGGAUUCAACGCGUAAUGGUCCCGCGCGGGCCACAGAGCCUUGAAAGCCUGAUGUAAGGGCAAGCGGAAUGGUUGUAUUUGAUGGAGGAGGAGGGCAAGAGCGAGGAGCGAAGCGCUGGAAGCGGUGCUGGAGCGGGGCCACCCUGGUGCUGCUGCUCCUCCUCGGCGCAGCUGCCGGCCAGGGGUUUCUGCGCUUGAACUCGACGGCCUUCAACGUAACGCUGGUGCUCCAGCCUGCGACGGCGGAGGGCGCGGCGCGGCAAUGCUUGUCAGUUCCAGGGCUCGACGGCCCGGGCAUCCUGGCGCCCGCAACGCUGCUGCUGUAUGUUAUACAGGAUGUUUUGACGCGCAAUUCAUACUCGUUCCAAGCGAGCCUGCGUACCGACCCGCCCUCCUAUAACACGGGGGGCAGCAGUCUAUGGGUCAUGGACCCGUUCGGAUCAUGUAGAGCGCUGUUAUUGCCCACGCGCAUCGCCACGUGGUCGGGCGCCGUGGAGCUCAGCGUGAUGCCGUGCUCUUACACGCUGCAGUUUAUAUGCAUGGAGUACAAGGUGGCCCAAGAGCUAUCGCAGGGGCUUACGCUGCCGCACAACCUGUACCGCACACCCGAGCCGCCGCCGCUGCCGCAAGCCGUGCCGUACAUCCCGUCGGCAACGGGGCCGCCGCCCGGCUACCGGCUGGUGACGUCGGGCGUGAAGCUGGGGCACGUGGGCGCCGUGCCGGAGGGGGCGGUGUUCUUCUCGUCGCUGCAGGGCUACCUGGAGAACGGGCCUAUUGUGAAUCUGGUUGGCAGGUGGCGCCCCACGGGGCUAGACGCGGUAGUUGUUGUCAACGCUGAUGACACCAGCAAUGUUGUGGAGACGGUGAUGACGGGGAACAGCCCAGCGGCGGGCGUGCACGGCGACCCGUCGCCCGCCGUGGGCAUCGUCUGGGUGGCGAGUCCGCUGAUGCGCGAGCCAUUGCCGCCGCGACCGGAGCAGGGCAGCCUCAGUACCAGCUACAUUACGCGCGUGGAGGGCUGCGCCAGCUCGAACGCCGUGGAGCGGCUGCUGCUGCAGACGGCGGCGGGCGCUGUGGUGGCGCAGGGCGUGGUGCGCUGCAUUUCCACCUUCUCGGAGGAGGCGGUGCCAGGCGGCUUCCUGGCGGCCGUGGAGGGCUACUACGUCGACGACAUUGCUAACACAUCGGCGCUCGCCGCCGCGGCCUCCGCCAGCGCCUCCGCCGACGGCACGCUGCUGCCCAGCAUCGUGCAGAUGUGGUUCGUGUGGGCGGUGCCGGAAGAUGCGUCAGUGCCAGACCCCAACGUGGCCGCCGGCGCGGCGGGCUACGGGCUCGGCGGCGUUUGGGCGAUUGCGCCGCGGCUGGCGCCCGUGCAGUCGCACCCCAACUGUUCGGAUGCGCGGCAGCUCAUACCUGCGACGCUUCCGGCGUCCUACUACGUCACGGACGCCAACGGCACGCGCGUGCGCUCUGAGUGCGGCGCGCUCAGCGCCGAUGGUUACGCUUGCCCCAGCUACAUGUGCUGCGGCGCGGCGCGUGGGCGGGUGGGCCAGUGCGGUGUCGUGGCGUCAGCCUGCCUGCUCUCCUCGUGCGACCCAAGCUACGGCCUGUGCGGCGUGGUGCCGUCGGACCUGUUGGAGGUGACGGCGCAUGAGGGCGUGGCGCUGGUGGCCCCCGCGCCCAGCCUGCUGGGCGGGCCGCCGCCCUACUCGGUCGACCUGGGUGGCCCCGGGUCGGACGUGACUACCUCCCCGGUGCGGCUCGCCUCCAGCGUGUACGUGCUGGACAAGACCGGCGCGUACCAGUACGAGGACGCACUGGCGCAGUGCAGGAGCCAGACGCUGCUGGGGCUCAACUGGACGCUGGCCACCCUGGCGGACGCCAUGUCGUUUGAGGUGUCGCUGCUCACGCGUACGCCUUUCCUGCAACUGCUGGACAAUCGCGUGGCGUGGGUCCGCCCCCGCCGGGCGACCGUGGCUUCACCAAGCUGCCUCACAGUGGCGUGGCAGGUUGACCAGGGCUCUAUCCAGCUAGUGGCGGUGCAGGCGGCCGACUGCGGCACCACUGCAUCCGUCAUCUGCACAGCCACCUGGCCCGCGCUUUCUAAUGCGCCUGUGGGUAUAGACAACAGCAGCGGUAGCAGCAUCACCACCGCCACCACCACUAGCAGUGCUAGCAGCAACGGCGUCAAUGAAAGUAGCUCUGUUGCGCCGGUCAAGAGGGCACCGGUGCUGCGGCAGUGGGUGGCAGGUCCACACAGCCUGAGCUACAGCCUGGUGGGCGUGGGUAGCCCCAACUCUGGCCCCACCUGCACCUUCGAGACCAUUGACUCGCUCUUCACAGCCGACCAAAUCGUGGCAUUGCGCAAACGCGAGGCAGACUUUAUCAACACCGGCGGCUUCGGUAGCGUCAACGGCGCCGGUAGCGUUGUGCCGCUGUUCAUGAAUGCCACCCUCACCACGCCGAUGGCUGGUUUGGCUCUGCGGCCGCUGCUCACCUGGUCUGCCGUCUCUGUGGAGUACGCGAUUGCCUAUGACGCAGUUGCCUCGAUGGCCAUACAGUACGCGAACGUCACAGGGGGCGCCAGAGGCAUUCUUGACGGCAACACGGACGCUGCCGCAUCGGCGGCGGCCGCCGCCGGCGGCCGUGCCGCGUCGCUGUCGUCGCCGCCGCCGCCCAGCCCCAGCAUGGGCCCCGCUGUGGUCACGCUGCUGAAUCCGCUGAUCCUAGGUUCUCUGGACGGCACGUACCUCAGCCCCAACGACACGUAUGGGCUCGUACCGCCUGCAUCGCCGGCCGCUGCAGGCAUCUCAGCCUACGUGUCCACGGCUGGCGGCUGGCGCGCAUUCCAGCUCGACGUGGCGAACGGGGAGGUGGUGGUUGAGGUGGCGGGCUGCCGCGGCGGGCUGCUGGAGCAGCUGGUGGUGGUAACCAGCACGGGCCGCGUGUGGACGACGGCGAUCGGCACGGGGCUGGCCUGCAGCGUGCCUUUCCGGCUGGUAGCGCCGCCGGGUGGCUACCUGAUUGGCAUGCAGGUGCACGCGGGCUCAUUCGUGGAGGAGCUGCAACUGGUGUGGGGCACGCCCAUGGCGACGCAGCCAGCCGGGGGCGGCAAUAGCAGCGGAGGCGGCUCGCCGCCGCCGCACUCGGUGGUAGUGGCCGCGAAUACGGGCAACGACGGCGAGCGUGACCACCAGCAGGCAGUUGACAUCGGCAUUGCGGUGGCGGUGGUGGUGCCUACGCUCGCGGUGGCGCUGGUGGUUGCGGUGUGGUGGUGGCGGCGCAGCAAUGGUCACGGCUGGUGCGGCCGCGCAGGUGCCGGUAGCAGCGAUUUGGCGUCGGAGGAUGGAACGAAGACCAUCAGCAGCACCGGCCCGGCUGACAGCGGUGGCGCCGACGGCCUAGCCGGCGGCAGGCACACGGGCACCAACGGCAACGGCGGCGCUGCCGCCGCCGGCACCGGAUCAUCCGGCUCGGACCGGUCUAUGGAGCUGGCGCGUGUUGUCGUGGACGACGGGACAGGCACCAACAGCACCGUCGGCACGCUCGGCAUCCUUAUGUCGGGGACCGGCGACACCGACGUACGUGCGCGCACCCUCGCAAGCAGCCUGGGGACAGGCUCGGGUGUGGGAAGCCAUGGCAUUGCGGGCGGUAGCGGGCUUGGGAACUCGGACGGCGCGGGCGCCUGCCCGCUGCCGCGCACGAUCGGCGGCGGCGGCGUGUCCGGUACCACUAUGCUCGUCGACAACAGCGGCACUCACGACGGCAUGAGUGGCACGCCAAUGCUGUCGACGUCUCCCGCGGGAACCGGCGGCGGGAUGGUUGGGCAACCGGGCACGGGCUUGUUGGGCAGCGACACCUCAGCCAGGGAGAACGCGGAGGCACAGAGCGGCCUGGCGGCAGCCGCGGCGGCAGCGGGAGUACCGCUGUCGUGCGAGAGCGGCAGGGUCGGCGUGGCAGCGGACGGCGUGCCGCAGGUGCUGAGCUUCAAGCGGAGGCGCAGCUCCGCCACGAGCCAAGCGAUCUUCGGGACGCCACGCAGCGGCACGGGCACGGGCGCGGCCGCGCCCUCGCACCGUACAACGGCUAGCAGCAGCAGCGGUAGCGUGGCUGUGGCGGCUGCAGCGGCAGCUGCGGCAGCAGCUACAGCGGCGGCGGCUGUUGGGCGGCCGCAGUCAGAGCCCUCGGACGGCACCGGCGGUACUGGUAGCGGCGCGGCGCAUGGCGCGAGCGCCGCGCUGAGGUUCGUGGACGGUAAGACGCGGCACCCCGCGCCUCCGUCCAAUGCUCCUUCCAGUUACACCCCAAGGUCAACGCAGUCCAAAGUUAGUGACGCAUACGGCUCAGCGGUGGCGGCCGCCGCCGCGGCGGCAGCCGCGGCAGCCACUGCAAACGGCGAGACCGGUGGGAUUGCUGGCCAGCAAAGGGCAGGCGGGAAUCCGUUGGCGCUUCCUGCGCCACAGCAAGCGAUCUGGGCGUUGCCGCCGGCGGUGGCGGCACUGCAGCCACCCCCCGCACCAGUGCCGGCCGCAUCCGGCACGCCACUUACGCCGGAGGAGUGGGCGCAGCAGCUGCACGCGGCUCUCUUCCACAAGGUCCUGUACCAAUGGCAGCCCAACGCACUCAGCGGCAUGCACAGCCCUGCAGCAGCGGUGCCCAUACCCCAGUCCUCCGCUUCCUCCAGCCACCACCCGCCGCACCCGCUUGCUGGCAGCGGCUCCGGCCGCGGAGUCGGCGCAAGCGCCAGCGCAGCUAGCGGCGGCGUCCUUGGCGCCAGCUCCGCCUCACCUCUGCAGGGCGGGCACCCGCUGUCUGCUGCGGUUGCGACAUCGAGCACGAGCAGCGCGAACCCCAUGCUCCCAGCGUCACCGCCCCCAUCGCAGCACACGCCGCCGCUCGCAGCAUCGCUGGCCAGCGGUGUGAGCGCGCAGAUGCGCACUGUCGGCAGCGGUGCCGCGGCAUCAACAGAGCACAGCGCGGCGCCAGUGCCGUCGCACCCUGGCGGCUAUGACUCGCCUGCUGUGCUACAGCUGCCGCAGUUGCACCAGACGCCUCCGUUCGGCCCUAGCACCACUGCGUCGCCGACGGCGGCUGUAGCAGCUGCGGCGGCGGCAGCAGCGGCUGCGUCACGGCGGUUAGAUCCGGUCGCGGCGGCGACACUGCAAUUCCUGCAGAGCUCGACAUUGACUGCCGGCUCGGUGCCGUCUCCAGGCGUUGCGGACGCUGCAGCCGCCGCAGCGGCAGCCGCCGCAGCGGCUGUGGUUGCUGCUGCAGCCAGCACAACUGCGGCGCACCAACAACAGACCGGCUCCGCAGCAACCAGCGCUGCGGCGUCGGCGCCGGCUGAGGUCUGGGCUGUGCACAGAUCGCCGAGCAACGCGACGGCACUGGUUCCGAGCGGCAUUUCGCCAGGGCACUCCAUGCCGGCUUUCGUACCUGCAUCGCCAUCGAUACCCACCGUCGCCGUCUCUGGCGGCAACGGCCCCGAGGCGGUGCCGGGCGCGUCGCUGGCCGCCGCGUCCGCGACAGCCGCGGCAGUGGCGUCGCACCUUGCGGCGUCCACUGGCAGUGGCGGUGCUGCAGGACCCGCCAGUGGCGGCCACGGCAACGCCCCGGCCCCUGGCGCCGUGCCGUUGCUGCCGGCUGUGCCGCAUCGGCCGCAGCUGCCGGCCCCGCCGUUUCCGUCGCAGCAUCAGCACCACGGCGAGGGCCCGGCGCAGCCCUCAUCGGCGCAGGAGCUACUCUUGGGCCGGGACGUGCUAGUGGAUGUGGACGACCCCACCACCUACCUUGGACACGGCACGUCGGGCGUGGUGCGCCGCGGUAUGUUGCGGCGGGCAGACGGCAGCUGGGCGCUGGUGGCGGUCAAGCUGCUCAACCGCCCCGACGACCAGGCGAUUGAGCACUACCGGCGACACCUCAAGACGCUUCUGCAGGAGAUGACCAUCCUCGGGUCGCUCUCGCAUCCGAACAUCGUGAGGCUGCUGGGCGGCUCGGUGUCGCUGAGCUCGGGCGCCUCCUUCCUGGUGGAGGAGCUGUGCGGCCGCACGCUCAGCCACGCCAUCUAUGACGACUCCACGCCGUACAGCCUGGGCCUGGUGCUCCGCUGGGCCACCGACAUUGCGCGCGGCCUCGCCUACCUCCACCCCAACAUCAUGCACCGCGACCUCAAGCCGAGCAACGUGCUGUUGGACCACGCGGGUGUCGCCAAGAUCAGCGACUUCGGUCUGGCUCGCUUCAAGGUGCACACCACAUUGGUGACGCGCGACGCGGAGGUUGGCACGACCUGCUACAUGAGCCCCGAGUGCUUCGUCAGCAAUGACUUCAAAGUCACAGCCGCGUGCGACGUCUACAGCCUGGGUGUGAUGAUCAACGAGAUCUGCACCCGCACGCGGCCCUGGAGUGGCGUCCGCACCGCCGUGGUGGGCUUCAAGGUGGCGGUGGUGGGCGACCGGCCCAAGCUGCCGCCGGAGGACAGCCCGCUGUGCCCGCCGCAGCUGCGCCGCCUCAUCCGGGCCAUGUGGGCGCAGCAGCCCGAGCAGCGGCCCUCCAGCGGCGCCGUGUUGGCCAAGCUGGAGGCGAUGCUGGAGGCGGUGGAGGCGGGGCUGCCGCUGCCGGACGACGGCGACGGCGCGGCGGCGGCGGCGGCGACUUAUCGAGGGCAGGAGGAGGCGGGGCAGGAGAUUAUGGGGCAGGAGGAGGUGGAGCGGGUAGACGAGGAACAGGAGCAAUAGUUUACGGUUGUGCACGCGUGGUGGGCAGGGAAGGUUUUGCAGAGGGUUGGAAGAUGUCGAGUGGCGGCCGAAUGCCUGGGACGCUCCAAGGGCGUGCAUUGUGCUGGCAGUCAGCGCAGCAGCGCGGCUGAUGUCGCUUGAGUUUGGGGCAUUACCUAGGUGCUUUGCUCAGGGGUAAGGAAUAACCGGGAACUCAACGGCAUUGCCUGCGUUUGCAUCUAGUAUGCAUGGCCGGCUAGGAGUUGCACGCAUCCUGCAUGUAUGCGAACGUGACGCUGUAUCCCGUAACAGGCUUGCCUGGUUGUCAUGCCGUUAACGAGAGCGCCGUGUGUGCUAGCAUGUCACCUUUGUCCGGCCCUGCAUGAAUCACCAGAUAUACCGUCUCGGUGUGACCGCCUGUCCUCGGCGCAAUGCCAACUCGUUCGCGUGCGGGGAUGCGGCGUUGGCGUAAGACACCGACGGCUAGCCUAAAGGCCUGGUGUGCGGCUCGGAAGAUGAGGGUGUUGCAUAGGUGGGUGAGCUGCCGGAUUGGGCUGCCGCAUGAACAGGCAGGCGCCAUUGGAGGCGGAUCACGCACGGUCCAUAAUUAUACCAAGUGCUAGCAGACUGUUUGAGGGCAUGCAUGGAAGCUUGGAGUACUAACACCCGAGUCCAUCUGGCUCAGGUUGCGCGACAUUCAGCGCAUGACAAAUUGGUUGGGGCAGCGUGUGGCCUGUGCGUAACGUGCGAUGAUGUGUAAUUUAAACCUUCUAAGGGGGUGUGACAUGUUGAACGAGACGGGCGGGGGAGCUGUGGAGCUUGCAAGUGGUGCGGCGGGUAUUGUGGUGGCGCUGUCGGCGCGAGCGGAACCGCGGCGGGUACUGGGGGGCAGGCAGACGCCUUCGCUAUGACAGUGAUGAAGGUAGCGGCAACUUGUUGCGGCCGGCAGUGGGCGCGGGUGGCCAGCGCUGCUUUUUGGGUUCCCGCGUGUGUAGCCCACUCAGGUGGUGUUGAGUGGCGACGCGCACCGCCCUCCGCGCCAACAGGGUUGGCUUUAACACGGACUGGAGAUGAUUGACGGCCAAGCGCGCGUGCGCACGCGCACUUCUGUAAGUAUGAGGCGCAGCACUUGGGGCACAUGUCCACCACCCAGGCUGACUUACUCCAAGCCAAUGACCCAGGUACUCGCAUUUAUAGGUUGCAUAAGUGACGAAUGGCCCUAACAACGUGGGGGCGUGUCGCACCCGUGGAGGGCACUGUAACUACAACCGGGA